UAACCCCCGGCUCGUGCUGCCAUUGCCCGGCUCCCUGUCACUCAGCCCGCGCGGGGCCGGGGAUUGGCAGCAUAGCCCCGUUACGCACUCACCUCGCGUUCACAUACCCGGGGAGGGCAGUAGAAAGGUGAUCAAUCUUCAUCAGGCUACAUUUCCAAUCACCUAAACAACCCGGCAAGACAAGCCACUCCGACAAGGUUGGCUGCCCCGCGCGGGUCUGUGUGAGGGCGCGAGGUAGAUGGUGAGCGGCCCCGGCAGCUGAGGGCAGCCUCCGCCGGGACGACAUUGUCCGCAGCCAGGACCGGGCAGAAAGAAGGACCCGCUCGCAUUCGCGAAGAAGGGCCUGCGGCGGUGGCCAGGCGCCCCUGACCUCCCGCCGCGUCUUACAGCCGCCACCUCUACAGUGGCCCCUUCUGCGUCUUCUGGCCGCCUCUGCGGGCCCUGGGCCUGUAACUGCGGUUAAGGUGUGGUGGGAUUCCCGGCCGGGCCCCCAGGCGCCAAAGAGUUUGAAGGACUGCGCAGUGGGAGCCCUGCACUGCGCCAGGCCCCGGCCCCCUGGAUCCGUCGGGGCGCCUCCACCCAGCUGUUAGCAUGAUGUCUUACCUCAAACAACCCCCAUACGGCAUGAACGGGCUGGGCCUGGCCGGGCCAGCCAUGGACCUCCUGCAUCCUUCCGUGGGCUACCCCGCCACCCCGCGGAAGCAGCGGCGGGAACGCACUACCUUUACACGCUCACAGCUGGACGUGCUCGAGGCGCUCUUCGCCAAGACUCGCUACCCUGACAUCUUCAUGCGCGAGGAGGUGGCGCUCAAGAUCAACCUGCCGGAGUCCAGAGUUCAGGUCUGGUUCAAGAACCGCCGUGCCAAAUGCCGCCAGCAGCAGCAGAGCGGGAGCGGGACCAAGAGCCGCCCAGCCAAGAAGAAGUCGUCCCCGGUGCGGGAGAGCUCGGGCUCGGAAAGCAGCGGCCAGUUCACGCCUCCCGCUGUGUCCAGCUCCGCCUCGUCCUCCAGCUCAGGAUCCAGCGCCUCCGCCAACCCAGCGGCGGCAGCGGCGGCAGGCCUGGGCGGGAACCCGGCGGUGGCAGUCCCGUCGUCGUUGAGUACGCCGGCUGCCUCAUCCAUCUGGAGUCCGGCCUCCAUCUCGCCGGGCUCAGCGCCCGCGUCGGUGUCAGUGCCCGAGCCCUUGGCCGCGCCUAGCAACGCGUCGUGCAUGCAGCGCUCGGUUGCUGCAGGCGCCGCCUCGGCUGCAGCCUCUUAUCCCAUGUCCUACGGCCAGGGCGGCAGCUACGGGCAGGGCUACCCCGCGCCCUCGUCUUCCUACUUUGGCGGCGUGGACUGCAGCUCCUAUCUAGCGCCCAUGCACUCGCACCACCACCCGCACCAGCUCAGCCCUAUGGCACCCUCCUCCAUGGCCGGCCACCAUCACCACCAUCCGCACGCGCACCAUCCGUUGAGCCAGUCCUCAGGCCAUCAUCACCACCAUCAUCACCACCACCACCAGGGCUACGGCGGCUCAGGGCUCGCCUUCAACUCUGGCGACUGCUUGGAUUACAAGGAGCCUGGCGCCGCCGCUGCUUCCUCGGCUUGGAAACUCAACUUCAAUUCGCCCGACUGUCUGGACUAUAAGGACCAAGCCUCAUGGCGGUUCCAGGUCUUGUGAGCCCAGGAGUGGGAGGAAGAGGAGAUGAAACGCAACUACCUGCGCCCUCCGUGGUCCCCGUCCUGUUGCUGCUGCUGCACCGCCCGCCUUUGCCUCGGCUUCUGCAGACCUGAAUUUUCAUGCCCCUGAAAGAUGCCCUUUGCCUGCACUGCCGCCCUCAUCUUUCUGCCACUUUGUUUGGGGGAUGUGCAGACCCGCCCACCCCUUGGAUGAGGGGACAGGUGCUUUGGCUUGGCCCACAAGUUCUAUAUGGGGAGAGCUGUGUGCUCUCUUCCUCAUCCCCUAACGAACUCCUAAGUCACUCUCCUCUGGUGUUUCUGGGCAGUUAUUAUGCACUUGCAGCCUUCGGAGGCUCUUGCUCUGACUCUCUGUUUGAACCGUACACUUUUAUUUAUUCUUUCUGGACACUGGAAUCACUAACUGGCAUGUGUCUGCCCACUGGAGUGCACCCACACUCUACCCCAAAUCAAAACAACCACUAAGUGUUUCUCGCUUGCAGACUACCGCCCCUUCAGCAGCCCUCGGUCCCGCUCCCCGGCUGCAGGCCAGAGCUUUCCGGCGUUUUCUCCUCCCCAGCGGGAUGCGCUGGGGCACGGCUGGAGGGAGGAGCGCGUCCCUAGCCUCUCGCGCACAGCCCCGCCCUGCGUAGAACUGGCUCAAGCUUCCGCCUCGGCGGGAAUGCUGUACAUAGUCGGGUCCGUUCCAGGGACCAUUUAAACUUUUUAGUUGCUGUUGGUUGAACUGAGCAUAUCUCGUCUUAGCGCCCAGGAAAUAGAACUUUAAGAUAUAUACAGCAUAUAUAUACAUAUAUAUACACACAUAUAUAUAAAACAAAAGCAAAAAAUAUUUUCCCUCUGUCCCCCUCCCUCUCUUCCUUAAACGAUGGCGCUUUUAUUUUUUCAGUUGUUGCAAAGCUGUCCUGCUCUCUCACACCUUCUCCCUCUGUGUAUUUAUUAAAGAGAACCUUUUGGUUCCAGGAAGCUGGGCGCGGAGGAUAGAGAGGGUCCGAGAGUGUGAAGGAAACGACCAAGUCAGGGUACAGGGGAGGGGGCUAGGCUGGGCGGGGACGCAGGGCUGAGCCCUUCACCCGGUCGAAGCACAGAGUCGAAGUUCCGGUGUAGAGACCAAUCACAAAACAAAACAAAACAAAACAAAAAACAAACAAAAAUACGGCAUUAUGGAAAAACAAACAAGUCAACCCAGGCCCCAAACCCUAGUUCCAAUUCCUCUGUCGGUUUCUCUCUUUUUAAACAACCCUGUUUCGUCUAGUGAGUUUUUAGUGCACCUUCAUUCUCCGAAAUCUGCGGAGAGCCCGCGCCUGUGUAUCAAUUUUGGCUUUGGCCUUUUCGUCCAGUAGGUGGGAAAGUAAUUUGUAAAUUUGAUUUGUCCGAUGUGAAGAUCACAAAUUACUUGUUGAAAUGUAAGGCAGUCCCCCUCCUCCCCUUUUAUCUACAUUAUUUCCCGAAAAUAAA